AUGACUGCCUACAACAAGAACGACUGGGGUACUGCCAUGUGGGGUAUCGAUACUCAUCUCGCCAACGCCAGUUCUGAUGCGCCUCGCAGCGUAGGGAUCACCCUCGUCAAUAACACCAACCAAACACUAUACUGGGAUGACUCCGGACUGGAGCACGGUAGACGAAAGAUGACGGCACCUGAUGACAUUGCGCCUCGUACCAAAGGGCGUUGGAUGUUGGAAUCGCAUGGAUACCUGACUGGAUGCGAGGGCUGGAUGAACUGGAGGAUUGGCAGUGGUGGGCCAAAGGUCAAGCUGGAAUAUGAUGUCCCAUAUGCAGGGUCGAAUGAGUACGGAUACGAGGUGGAAUCGUCUAGUUAUACGAUUGAGAAGAGAGGUGGAGGCGGCAACCAUGCCAAUGUGGUUUUUGUUGUUUCUAACAAUUAG